UAGGUUUGUUCUCCUCUCCGACUUUGGAUCUUGUUUGGUUGCCGAGAUGCUGGAAAACAGCUGAGAGGCCGCGCGCAUAACCAAACCCGAACUCACCUGCGUGAGAAGGGAAUGCCCUUAAAGAAGUCGUCCACCUCCGACAUUUCCGGUCUUUUCUCAAACUUUUUCUUGUCACCUAGUGCGGACCAGACAGUCCAUGGGGUCUGUAGGUAACCAGUAUUUGUUGAAUUAAACCUAGAGGUACAGAAGCAUCCUCUUUGGAUGGGUGAGUUGGGAAAAACUGCACUGAAGAGGAUUUGGUUAUGGAACUGAAGAUUAUGUCAAGUUUGGAUGGAUAAAAACCAAGGCGCUUUUGUAUCUCCAGAAUAUAUCAGAAAGAUUUUUCAGUAAAUGUGGAGUGAAUAAGUGAAAGUAGUCAAAAGAACGGAAAGUAGCUCUGCUGGUGUGAGAAAGGAACAUCCUACAUACGGUGUUUAUUAUUUCUGGAAAGACAACCUGUCUUCUGGACAAACUGACAAGUUUAUGGUAUAUGGUUUCCUCCCUUUUAUUGGAUUUUGUCUCUAAUGAGUUGGAUUUUAUAAAUCAUUGGUUGCAGGUUUUCUCUUAGUCUUUUGCCUAAGAAUAUAGCAAAUGUCACAUCUUUUCACCAGUGUAGAUUACUUCAUACCACAUUGUCAAGAAAAGGACUGGAAGAAUUUUUUGAUGACCCAAAGAAUUGGGGGGAAGAAAAAGUGAAAUCUGGCGCUUCAUGGACCUGUCAGCAAUUAAGGAAUAAAAGUAAUGAAGAUUUACAUAAACUUUGGUAUGUCCUACUGAAAGAAAGAAACAUGCUCUUAACUUUAGAGCAGGAGGCCAAGCGGCAGAGGUUGCCAAUGCCAAGUCCGGAGCGGUUAGAAAAGGUAAUAGAUUCCAUGGAUGCCUUGGAUAAAGUUGUCCAGGAAAGAGAGGAUGCCCUAAGACUUCUUCAGACUGGUCAAGAAAAAGCUAGACCUGGUGCCUGGAGAAGAGACAUCUUUGGAAGAAUCAUCUGGCACAAGUUCAAGCAGUGGCCUAUACCUUGGUACCUAAAUAAAAGAUACAACAGGAAACGAUUCUUUGCAAUGCCCUAUGUGGAACGUUUUAUGAGAUUGAGAAUUGAGAAACAAGCCCGCAUUGAAGCAAGGAAGAAAAGUUUAGAGAAAAAGAAAGAAAAAUUUCUUCAGGAAAAGUUUCCACGUCAUUCUGAAGCCCAGAAGUCAAGUGUUGUCUAAGAUGUCUGGAUUCUGAAGUUACUAUUUUGUUUUCCUUGGAUAACAAUCUAUAUACAAAAGUAAAUAUGUAUUAAGUAA